UUUUCUGGACAGAAACCUCGUCUUAAACACCAUUUCAAGCAGCGCAGCCCAACUCAAACACCAAGAAAGAGUAGUCCACAACAGGUCACAGAACAUACAGCUCGAAAUCGGAGUAAAUUCACAUCGAGUCCGAGUAGACGUUAGCGUUUUGCCCUGAGAGUGCGGGCGGGCACUGUCAGGGAAUUUCGGGCUACCAUUGUCCCUCUUACCUCCAGAACGAUGUCAUUGAUGGAGACAGCCAUGCGACAAACUAUUCUUCUUCCUCUACGACAAAUACCAUCUCCACCGCCGUUGAGUUCAUCGAGAGUUGCAGCGAAUUCGAUGUACGGGCAGAACAAGCAGAAGAUGGGGGCUGGAAGAGCCCUAAUUUUGUGUUGCUCUGAUUCCUCGUCCAUUUCGUCAUCUUAUUCUCCCUCUCCGGCGAUUGCAAUGACUAGUGCUCCACCGGUGAAAAGGAGGAGGAAGAGGUACAGGAGGCUGUACCCAGGAGAGAGCAAAGGCAUUACCGAAGAGAUGAGGUUCGUUGCCAUGAGACUCCGAAGAGUUAACAAGGGCAGCAGCGAUGACGAUGACCAAGAUUCAUCUAGUGAAGACGGUUUAGAAGGGGAGGGUAAUUUGGCAUCAGUUGAUGAUGAUGGUGGUGUUGGUGGAGCGACAUGGGAGCCGACCUUGGAUGGGUACCUCAAGUAUUUAGUUGAUAGCAAGCUCGUCUUCGACACUAUGGAGCGCAUCGUUGAUGAAUCCAGUGACGUUGCCUACGCCUAUUUCCGGAAAACUGGAUUGGAACGAUCAGAAGGUCUUGCAAAAGAUCUAGAGUGGAUUAGACAACAGGGGUUUGUGAUUCCUGAACCUAGCAAUCCGGGAGUUUCUUAUGCCAAGUAUUUAAAUGAACUUGCAGAGAAGAGUGCCCCGUUGUUUCUUUGCCAUUUCUACAAUAUAUAUUUUUCACAUAUUGCAGGAGGUCAGGUGAUUGCAAGGCAGGUUUCUAAGAAGCUCCUAGAAGGAAGGGAGAUGGAGUUUUACAGAUGGGAGGGGGAUAUGCCAGGGUUGAUGAGUGCCGUCCGUGAGAAGCUGAACAUGCUUUGAGAGCACUGGAGUCGUGAUGAGAAAAACAAAUGCUUAAAAGAAACAACAAAAUCAUUUCGGUUUUUGGGGCAGAUUGUCCGCUUGAUCAUCUUAUGAAUAUCUUAAAAUCCACAGAUGAUUGUUUGUGAAGAGGUUAUGUAUCAGGUUUUUUUUUUUUUUUACUUGUUCAGAAUAGAUAUCCUACGCAUCAUUUAAAUGACUUUCAUCAUGCUUUAUUGCCUUCAACCCUUUUCAAGUAGCUUGAUAACUUAAGUUAUUCCAUCAAAAAGUUAUAUCAGAUUGCAUUUUUGGUUUCCA